AUGUGCGACAGUUCACAGCCCGGGCAACAAUGCUCGCGCUGCAGGACCAGAAACAUACCAUGUGUAGGAGUCGGACAGCAACGAUUCAAGUUCAAAGUCCAGUCUUCAUCAUCAUCCACCUCUGGUCGUAGUAGUCAUCGCAACCAGCAAGAGGUCUCGACGCUCUUUGUUGGUGGCCACGGCUCGCCACCACCGCUGGGUAGUCCAAAGCGGCCCUUGGGCAAUCCCAAUAACAGGAUUGCUGAAAAACUAGUCUACCUUUUGGAGUCUACUCAUACCGGCCACAGCUUACAGGCGUUUCGACCAUAUCUGUUCGAUAACCUCCCUCGGCGCCUUGGCUAUUCGGCCGCACUGGAUGCUGCACUGGCGGCCUUCACCAGCCUCCUGGAGACUCAGCAAUCGUCAUAUGAACAAUUAAAUCCCAGAUCACUACAGUUAUAUGUUUCUGGUAUUAAAGUACUUCAACGUUCGCUCGCCAAUCCAACAUCAAGAGGUGAACCCAAUACCUUGUGCGCGGCGCACAUCAUCUCGGAGUGUUACGUGUGGAUAGCGCAGGAUAAUAGCAAUGCCCGCCGGCACAGCGAGGGUUUAUCGUCCCUAAUGAGCAGUUUAGUACAUGAAAAGCCAAAGGAUUCCUUUCUGCGUAGUGUGUGCUUUGCCAUAACGUCAAAUUUAGUAAGUUUACAAGAUAGCAUAUUUAACUCGGAUAUUCAGCUCAGCCCAUGGAUCCAGAAUCUGUAUGAUGUCCACGAACCGCUGCCACCUUCAGACGACGUCCAAGCAACCUCGCAUUUGCCGAGAUUUAGUGUACCACUACUAGCCAUGAUUCCAGACCUAAUAAGGCACCCCAAGGAAAACGAAGCACGAAUACAAUGGGUGUAUAAUUCUAUACUUGAUCGCCACCUGCAAAUGAAAGUCUAUUUUAGCGCUAAUAAGGACAAGCUGUCUCAGAACACCUAUCAUGGCAUGUUAUGCAAUGGGCAGUAUGGGGCAUAUAUUGCCAUUGGAAUCACACUAAACGCGAUACUACGUGUUUUAAAUCCGAACAAUAUACUGCUAGCCACUGAGCAGUCCAUCUUUUGCGGUGACGCCAUUAUUCUCGCGGAGAGAGCGAAGGAGGAACGACCGCUAGCGGCGCACCACGUACCCCAAGCUAUAGUGUCUGCGUGGUGUGUCACAGGAGAUAGUAAGACAAGAGAAAGGCUACGGCAGCUGAUUGAGGAUUACCGAAAUACAUAUGCAAUGGCCAAACUUCUACAACACAUUUCAUACUGGCAGGUGGCGCCAACCCGGCUGAUGGAAAUACCUUGGUUUCGAUUAGACUGUACAAAGCAGAAUAGUCAAGGCGCGGGAGAUGAGACAAGCAUGGAUAGAAGGACAGACAGACGGACAGAAGGAACCAGCAGGGAGGUGCAAGAGUUUUGUUGCAUUCUAUGA